AUGCUUGAUGCUAUUGAGCAUCCAAACCCUCAUGUCCCACCAGUGCCAGAUGAACUGCCCUCUCCAAUCAGAUUCAUUCCUUCAGAACAACCAAUGCUAUUUACCAGAAAUAGUAGGCUUCCAGAGGCUUCGACUGCCUCCUCCACACCAAGUUUGUCGAAGACACUGGGAAAACGCAGGGCCAUAGCUGAUGAUGAUGACUCACAGGCCAUGGGCCGCCCUCCUAACUCCACCAAGACAGUUGUCAGCAGCACAUCAACAUCAAAAUCAGCGAAAUCGCAGUGCUGCGGCAUCUCAGAUGCCUUUGACCACAUGAGUGAUGAGAUUCAUGGUCUUAGGUUGUCCUUCAAUAAUGCAAUGAGUGCAAUACAAGAAUGCAUGUCGCAUAUGCAUGAACAUAUGUCACAUGAUGUUGCACACUCAGUAGAUCCUGUCCCAGUACACAAACAAAGGGCAGUUGUGCAUGUGCAGCAGGAGGAGGGUUUGACUGACAUGCAGAUGGUAGCAGUUAUGAUGCACAUUCAAGCUGAUGUUGCGAUAGCUGAUACGUACCUUUCCAUCCAGAAGGAUGAGCUCCACAGGUUGUACUUAUCACAAUACUUCAAUUAG